GUGGGAGGAUUACAUUCACUCUGCUGUGUUGUCCUCUCCACUGCAGGUCGUCUCUGUCUGACUCCUCCGUUAUUUGAGGACCUGAUUGAGGACCAUGGGCGUGCUGGACAUCCUGUCGUCCAUCAGAGACCGAGCCGACAAGUUUCUGAACGAGAAGAACGUGGUGACGGACUUCCUGGGGAAGUUGGAGGAGAAAACGGGGAUAAAGAAGAAGAUCAUUGCAGUGGGUGCCGUCUCACUGACAGGACUCUACCUGGUGUAUGGAUAUGGUGCCGCCCUCCUCUGCAACCUGAUUGGUUUUGUCUAUCCAGCGUAUUAUUCAGUCAAAGCCAUUGAAAGUGCGAGCAAAGAAGACGACACAAAAUGGCUGACGUACUGGGUGGUGUAUGGUGUCUUCAGCCUGGGCGAGUUCUUCUCCGAUAUUUUCCUCUACUGGUUCCCGUUCUACUACGCUUUUAAGUGUCUCUUCCUGUUGUGGUGCAUGGCUCCGAUGUCGUGGAACGGCUCCCAGAUCAUCUACAACAAAGUGGUUCGACCCAUCUUCCUCCGCCACGAGGCCACAGUGGACAACAUGGUGAGCGACCUUGGCGGGAGGGCCAUGGCUGCCGCAGAGAACCUCACCAGAGAAGUCCUGUCCACGCUGAUAAAGAAUAAAGCUCUGGUGAAUCCUGCACCAUCAGUCGCGCAGCCUGAAGCUAAAAGUUUACCAAGUUCAUCCGCAGCUAAAGUAGCUCCAUCAGAGCCAAGCGAAGAUCGACCACCUUUCCUGGGUUAACCAGUAUGGAUGAGCUCAGUGUAGACUGACGUCCUUCAGAUAGCAGCAGAGGAAGAGGAGGAGGAGCCUCAGUGAGGAAGAGGAGCAGAGAGCGAAGGUUUCACACUUCAUCCUGACAGAUCCCAGUGAGAAGAACACCUCCUGUCAAAGAGACUGAUUUCCUUUUUAUAUCAACAUCCAAAGCUCAGACUGACUCUGCAGACGCUGAACUCAGCACGGUUUGAUUUUGUUUAGUUAUUUAUUUAUAUUUAUUGUUUUUGGUUUUUUUGUUGGGGGGGGGGGGGGGGGGGGGUCAGUAGGAUGUUUUUUUGUCUUUUAGGAGCAAAGCACCUGAAACUGGUCCAUAACUAACUCAGCAGCUCGUGUUUAGCAGGCUGCAGAGCUGCGCCAUCAUUCUGGAAGCAGCUCUGCAGCCUGCCAGCCUGCACCACCUGUGACAUAGGUGGAGACGCUCCAGUGUCGCCUCCUACAGGCAAAGAAAGUAGCAGCUGCAGAGGUUUGCUGCAGGCAGUGAGUGUUCCAGCUGCACUUUCUGUCUUUUUAUAGCCACAGUUUAUUUGUGGGUUUCAUAUUUAACACCUGUAUAAACCACAGCUGCCCACAGGUGGGGGCGGGGCACCUCAACAUGUGCAUGUGCAGCACAGUUUCUCAUGGAUCGGCUUUGGGUGCUUCGCAGCAGUGACACUGUGUGUCCUCUUUUUGUUUUCAUCACACAUGUUGAUAUUAUUUAUGUGAUUUCUUUUUUGUUUUGUUUAUAAACAUAAAUGAAUCUUUGACCUUGAUACGACAAUUACAUAUUGAUAAGAAAUAAAGUGCUAAUCAGA